CGAAGUGACUCCAAAAAUUAGGAAGCGAUCACACUGCCUACACAGAACUGAUCAUUGCAGACUUCAGGACCGUUGGAGCAGCACUUCCAAGAGAAACAGCUCUCUAUGCGGCAAGGGGUCCAAUGGGACCAACAUUGAGGAUCUCCCAGUUCGGCCUCCUGUUUGUUAGUCUUUUCCAGAGGUGUGAAUCUUUGCUGGUCUCCGCAGAGGUGACAAAAGAGCGUCUUGGACUCAGAAAUGUUUGCAACGGAUAUCAGGGUAACUGUCAGAAAUCAUGCCCCAAUGGCUGGAUGUUCUACAAUGACAACUGCUACGGAAUUCUCAAUGAACCCCUGACUUGGUCAGCUGCAGAGGUUGACUGCCAGGGCAAAAAAAGGAAUGCCCAUCUUGUCACCUUCGUUAAUCAGAAAGAGCUAAAAGAGAUAGCCAAAUACCUCUCCUCUGUGCACGGAAAUGAAGAUCCUGUCUGGACUGGCCUUUAUGACCCUAGACACACAGGAAACUGGCAAUGGGUGGAUCUAUCCAUGACCUCAUACUUACCUUGGGAUAGAGAAGAGCCCAACAAUGCUGGUGGCGAUGAGUACUGUGGUCAUUUGAUUCCCCAUAAUGGAUUUAACAAACUGAACGACGCACCUUGUUCACGGGAGAUGGCCUAUGUGUGCAAAUAUCCUCUCUAGGAAGGGAGAAUGUUGAAUGGACAACGCAAGGGAAACUUUGGCGUGGGAAUGAUGCUGAACCAAGCCUUGAGCAGUGGGUCAAAGCUAGGAACCCCCUCUCUUUCCAGCUUCCUCCACACACUUAUCUCCAAAGUGUGUCUUUUUAUUUG